CACGGGACGGCAACUAAAACUUCUCAUCGGCAUCAUGGCGAUGCUGGCCGAACCCCGGAGGAAGCAGAAGUGGUCUAUAGACCCCAGAAACAGCACCUGGAGCAAAGACGAAACCAAGUUCGGCCAGAAGAUGCUGGAGAAGAUGGGCUGGUCCAAGGGCAAGGGUCUCGGGGCUCAGGAACAGGGGUGCACGGAACAUGUAAAAGUUCAAGUGAAGAACAACACUAUGGGCCUUGGAGCGUCCAUCCACCAUGAGGAUAACUGGAUCGCCCACCAAGAUGACUUCAACCAACUUCUGGCUGAACUGAACGAUUGUCACGGCACAGCGAGCUCUGGUGAGAUCCAUUCUCCUGCCAAUGACAGCAAAAAAUCCUUCAGCCUGGAAGAAAAGUCCAAGUCAUCUAAGAAGCGAGUUCAUUACAUGAAGUUUGCUAAAGGAAAGGACCUGUCCUGUCGCAGUGACACCGAUCUGGCAUGCAUCUUUGGAAAACGGGAGAAACGGAAGAAGUCGGGUCAGGAUGAGGCUGAUGCGGAAUCUGAGGAAAGUGAAGAAAAGGAACCAGAUGUCCCAAGCCCCAAAAACGAGGUUGAGUUGGGAAAUACGGUGACCAGUUCUUUGUCGGUAACCAAGAAAAAGAGCAAAAAGAAGAAGCGCAGCAGAGGCGACGGUGAGAAUGAUUCGGAUGCGGCGGGAGGUACGGCGCAUGAAAGGAGAAAGCCAAAGGGCAACAAAGAUGGCGGGGAGGUCGUUGAGAGCACAGAGGAGCCGGAACACGCCCAGGAGGAGAAACUGAAAAGAAAGAAAAGGAAAAAGGAGACUUUGGACCGGAUUGAAAUAAAUGAUGAUUCUCCUCUUCAGAAUGAGGAACCGAAGAAGAAGAAAAAGAAGAAGAAGCAGCAAAAGUCAGACAAUUAG